AUAACAUAUAGUGGUACCAUAAAACAAUCAACCCAGAGUGAUUGAAACAUGCAAUCUUAUGCGUAUAAGAUGCCUACAAAAACCUCUAAGCAGGGAUCACCUUCUCACAAUAAUGUCCAGUUGGAAGAAUUCAAAAAUACCAGUUUCGCUUCCUUCGCUUUGGUCUGAUAUCCAUUUACAAUGUUGACUUUGACCUUCUUCCUUGCUCGCAGGUGAUUUAUUUCACAUAACAUUCACUUGUUUCUUCACUGUUUCCCUCACUCUUACUCUUAUCUUGGUUGAUCCCAUCUCCAAACAACCCAUCACGCAGUAACAAGCAUAUCAGAGGUCACUCGUGAACAGCAUGGAUUCAAAACAAUACCUCCUUCAUUUCAUCUUGUCUUAUGUCUUCUAACCCUCUACAAUGCCUUUGUACUUGAGUCUAUCCCUAUCAAUGAGAACACUUCCUCCUCACCACCCCCCCACCACCUUCAGUCUGAGAACCCCCCCGCAGAGAUGCCGUCCCCCCAGGGGUCGUCUCUCAAUUUCGGAAAAAAAGUCCCCAAAAUCAAGUGGAACCGGGAGGAGAGGGUGAUCCUGUGCGUUCUUUACAAGCACUUCCAGAAAGAUCUCACUGCUUUCCAAGAAAUCUUCAGCUGUAUCUUCAAAGGCGAGUUGAUGGAAUGUGGGAUCCAAAGCGCGAGAAAGACUUCCAUUAAUACCCAGUGGGAGCACAUGAAACGUAGCGGUGACCAUUUGUUCGGGGAGGUUCAUCUGUCUGCGUUUGAUGCGAAUGGUCAAUGGCGUGUUCACCUGGGGAAGAUCAAGGAGACGGCGGGAAACCUGGGCAUUGAUCUCCACGAGAAACAGGUGGAUGACAUCAACUUGUCGCAUUUCCGGUACCGACGGGUGAGAGCUUUGGGAAUGACUGAGGGAGAGGGAGAGGCCACAACCCCUGGGCUCGAUGAGCUUGAGCGGUCUCCGGAAACAAGUCCAGCCAGAGCAACAAGUUCAGAUGUACAGAUGCAGACGCCCCCUGUGUAUCCGCUGUCACCAAAAGAAAACACAAGCCUUGUCAAUGGUUGUGGGAAGCUAUGCUACUGGUGCGCGUUGGAGAAUCCGACCCUCGAAGACCAAGAAACUCAAGACACCACAAGAGCGGAGGGGAUACCUCCGAUUUUGUACCGCUGGUCCAACGUCGACUCUCAAGGCGUGAACUCCAAAAAGCUGUUACUCGCGGGCUUAUUCGCAGAUGGUGUGGACUACUUCUUUCCCGAGCAGCUAGAACAGGGUGAAUUUGAUAACUUUGUCAAAACACAUGUCAGCAUUGAGAAGUCCCCGACGCCUUUCAUCUCAACCUUCACCUCAAUGCUUGCCCCACUCCACCGGGCAUUGAGGAACCAAGAGGGCGCAAUGAUUUCGAUCAUUGACACCACAAAACUGCAGUCCCCUGUUUUCUCCGCCCGUGACCUCGUCAAGAGGCUCAAAAUCAACAUCAGAGGAUACCAUGGAGGCGGGGAGUAUCUCAUCUGGGCCAAAGUCCCGAGCGCCGCCAUUGUCUGCUCGUACAAAGCAAGUACCCUCCUGGAGAUCGCGAACGAGGUUGCGGAUAUCGGAAGCAUCCUGCAGCUUGGGACGAUCUCUUCAUUCAAACUCGCAAGACCAGCAUUGCACCAAGCCUUGAGGGAAGGACCCGGAGGAAGGAAUUUUGAGUCCGGAAUGACGAUUGGAAAACUCCUGUCCAUGAUUAGGGUCCCCCGUGAGUACUGCAAGUUCGUGGGUGAGGGCUUGACCUAUUCAUGGAGGUUUGCGAGAGAUGGGUCUUUGGAAGAGUUCCAUGCCGGAGUUGAGGAGGGCUACAAUGCCAAUUCUUACAAUGCCGAGCCAGCUGUUCAAAGCUCCUUACCAAUGACUCCUGUCCCUGCCGCCACAGCCAACGACGACGAGGAUUCUGGAGAGAACAAAGACGCCAGUGUCAAUGAAGCCCCUUGCCUCCCCUGGCCCGCGACUCCGUACCCCUUGCCUAACAAUGCUGCAUCACCACCAGGAGCAGCCGCUCAACACGAAAUGUCAGCCGACGGUGAGUCCUUCGGAGACGAGUUUAGCCGUAUCUUCGAUACACCCUGCCCUGUACCUUCUAGAACAGACCAUACUAGUACCACAGUCGAGUUGUUUGACGCCGACACCCAGCUCUGGGUCACAAAGCAGCAGCAACCAGAAGGCCAUGCGCCGUCCCCAUCCAGAUCGAACACCGUAGAUACCUCUGACGACGAGGGCGACCUGAGGCAACUCCCUAGUCCUGGAAACCCUUUUCGUCCCGGCGUACUCCAACGCUACAACCAAGAUCCUCCUGUGGUCGGGGCUAAUGUUGAGGGUCAUACCGUCGGAGGGAGUCCCGAUGAGCAUCCAGCCGCAGCGUAUGGUGAACAGUGGCGUGUAUGUGAGCCUGAACUGGCCCCGGAACCGGAACUCGCAGACCAGGACCCGUUCGCGAUGCGGAGAGCGCGCAUAAUGCAGAUCAUCAACUGAUAUGAGACUGUCGAUUGGGAGUUGAUCGGAUGAUGUAUUGUAUGUGAGCGAGGGUCUCUUGCGUCUGGAGCUGUUCAAUCGGUUGCCUGGAUCGGAUGUAUUAAACUGGCAUAGGAUGAUGAAUGGCACGGGAUAUGGUUGACGUCGUUCAGUUGUUUACUGGAAGUAAAGCAUAACUACCACUACGAGUUCCGCAAUACAAACAAGCAGAAAGACCAACGGUUUCACCAGGAAGAGUAGCACAUUAAGGAAAUAUAUGUGUAGCGCCCCAGAUUAUAAUAACCCAGUGAAUGUAAGAUUGAAAAACA